AUGUCCCAGAACGCCGAAGCCGAGGCGUUCUUCGCAACGCGCCCUCCGCGCCUCGUCGAUAUCCAUGUCGGCCUCGUCGAUGUCUUCGCCGCCCCCACCGCUGCGCGCACCACACGCGCCCGCAUCGUGCCAGACGACGCUUCCCUCGCUGUCAAUUACGUCCUGCCAUUUUCAGGCGCGCGCAGACGCAAGGAGGGCGCGUCCACCACCGUCCCUGAUCUCAAUGCGUUCAAGAAGAGCUGGGGAAUCUUCACGGAGGGGUCGCUCUCCCAGCUCACAGACUGGAACAACGUCGUCGCAGCUGGAGGCUCCGUCCUCGCAUGCUUGUCACCCCUCCCCGACGCGGCCAAGGCGACCAAGCGGACGAUGAGGAAGUAUUUCCACGAGACCGCUUUACCCUUCCUCAGAUGUCGACUUGUGUCUGCGGAGCGCAAGAUCGUGGCUAUCUACGAAGCGGUGCGCGACUCUGUGCCCUGGGACGUCACCUGCGUCCGCACCAAGCACACCGUCUCCAUCCAUUCACACUACCCCUACCGCUGCACCCAGAUCGUCCUCCGUCUAUACCGCUCCUCCGCCGAGAUCCUCGCCGGCUUCGACGUCGACGCGCCCUGCUGCGCGUACGACGGCGCCCGCGUCUGGGCGAGCCCGCGCGCGCUCGUGGCCAUGAUACGGCAGUGCAACACCGUCGACGUCGCGCGCCGCUCGCCCUCGUACGAGGCCCGUCUCGCGAAGUACGCCGCGCGCGACUUCGAGGUGUACGUCCCCGCCCUGAGGCGCGCCGACGUGGGCCCGACGGGCCUCGCGCGCUUGCUCGUCCUCGAAAAGCUGUCCAGCCCCGAGUCGCGCGCGCAAUACCUCGCCGAGCGCGGCACGCUGCGCGGGCGCCCCACGGCGAACACCUACCGCGCCGUGCGCCGCGCGCGCCAGUACAAGGGCGACCUCAAGUCGAGCCUCGCAGGCGGCAGAGGUGGGGUGCUUGAGAUGAGCGACUACGAGACGGUGGCGCUGCAUGUCCCUUACGGGCCCGGCUGGGACGCGAAGCGGAUCGAGAAGCUCGUGUUUAAGACUGAUCUCAGAAUCAACACGCCGUUCAAUCCGAAGAACAAAGGGCGCAGGCUACACAGACAUCCCGCGUUCUUCGGGACCAUGGAGGAAUGCCUCAAUGACUGCUGCGGGCACUGUCCUGAACCUCGUGAUGCAGAGGAGCACCAGUUGCGGAACGAGGAAGAUAAAUCGUGCAUCCGCGGACGCGUCGCGUUCAUCGCCGAGGAUCCAGGCCGGCAGACCCUCUCUGGCAGCUUCAACCCAAUCUCCGACGGCGAAUGGAGCGAACAAGCCUACAUCCUCUCUACCGCGCGCCUCUUCGCCGCCAUCGCCGGGCGCGACCGCCCCGCCGUGCGGGCGCUCCUCUCCGCGGGCGCGCGCCACGACGUUGAUAGGCGGGACCACGUCGGGCGCACGCCGCUACACGUCGCUGUGUUGUCGGACGCGGGGGAUAUAGCGUGUGACCUGGUGGACGUGGGCGCGCGUAUGUCUGCGCGCUUGGUUGGGGGAUGCUCGGCGCAGCGGGAUAUGACGGGCGUGGUGAAGAAGAUGCUGUUGCAGUCCAGCAAUACUACGCUUCACUGA